UUUUACCAAAAUGAUCAGCGAGAAAAGCUCUACAAAAAUAGAUAUAAGAGAAAAUUUUCAGAAUAUCCUUGCUAUUCGUUUAUGUGUAAAAAUAAAAAAGUCCAGGCUUUUUUCGGCCCUCAAUGUAUGAAUCUGAUGUCGCCAGAAAUGAAAAUAAUAUCAAACUUCCUUGAUGAAAAUCACGAGCGAGUAUACUGUGAGAAUAAUCAUCAAAAUCUAUGAAAUAUAUACAUAAUGUUGUUCUUCACAAAUGAGAUGGAAGAAAUAACAGAGCAAGAUGGCUUUAUGUUUUUUUCCAUCAUUUCUAUAGUACGACAAAAUAUUCUAAUUCUUCGUCAUUCUAUAUACGAGAAAACAAUCUAUUAAUAAGAAACAAAAAGAAGCACGAAGACAACAAUUUAUUUAUGACAAAUCGUUGACAAUGUCAUAUCUGUUGUAGAAACUCAUUUGAUAAACAGUAGAACAAAUAGAAUCACCAGUUCUGGUGACACUGCGUCUUCUCUAGAUUGUUUUUUCCAAGAUAGAAUGACGACGAAUUAUAGCAUAUUUUGUUGUAUUAUAGAAAUGAUGGAAAAAACCCAUAAGGCUAUCUUGCUCUGUUAUUUCUUCCAUCUCAUUUGUGGAGAACAACAUUAUGUAUAAAUGUCAUAGAUUUUGAUGAUCUGUCUCACAAUGUACUCGCUCGUUAUUUAUCAUGUAUGAGAACUAAAAGUGAGUGAUUAGACUCUCAUUACUUUUGAUAAAGAAGGGUCUUGACAUGGUUAAUACAAUUUCAAAGAAAUCUAAUAUUGGUGCUAUGAAUAAAUACUCAUUGUUUUUUUUUUCGCAUCGAUGUAGUAGUAGUAGUAGUAAUUUUAUUUAGUCCUUGAUCUUAAAACUGACUUGGUGAUGAUGAAAGUUUAAAAGAAACUUUGUCUAGAUCAUACCGAACAAAGAGACGAUCAUCAAGAGAGUUGUUCAGAAGAUUUAGCGACAGAGCGAAUAAUGUAUAUUUGGUAGUACAAGCUAAAAUCUAAAAAAAUUUUAAAUUUCCCUAGCUUUUAGUUUCUACUCUCACAUGUAUAUGAAAUUGUACAUUCACAUACGAAUAUAUGGUUUUUCAGCACUACACCAAUAUACCGUAUUCAAAAAUGAUUUCUAGUUCGAUCAGCGGCGUCUAUCCCCACCUGAAUAUUUGAGGCAUUUUGUACCACCUUGCAGGCUCGAUCUUUCAGUGUACCACCUAAAAAAUUAAUUUCUACAGCAAAAAAGCGUACCAUCUUACUUUUGUUUGAGGCAUUAAGCCUCAAACGUCCCACAGGAUAGACGCCCCUGAGUUCGAUAUCGUUUUCCUAAAGCGCUUUAAUAAAUCCUUUCUCACGGGCAAACAUUACUUAUAUUUCUGUUAUUCUAGCACACGAUGAUCACAAAAAUUUGCUUAACCAUACCGAUAUUAAUAGGUCUUAUCUUUCCCUCUGCGAGUAAUCCCGUGGAUAGUGAAGAUGAUGUGCUGGAUUAUCUGCAGCGAUUCGGUUACAGUUCGUGCAAUGCUUCAUCGCCUGUUCAGUGUAGUGAAAAUUUUACUUCGAUGCUCACAGAAUUUCAACGUUAUUUCGGGUUGAAUAUGACCGGUGUUGCUGAUAAGGAAACACAGGCCAUUAUGAAUCUGCCGCGAUGUUCAGCGGUGGAUAAGCCAAAUGUAAACAUAUUGCAGGGAUCCAGCAAUAGAAAAUGGUCUCGUCUGUCUCUAACCUAUCGUCUUGAAUCGCACGCCCAUUUCCAGCAAAUAAGUUAUGCGAAUCAGAUUAGCAUCGUGCAGGAUGCAUUUAACGAAUGGUCAAAACACACGCCUUUAUCAUUUGAAAUGGUGUGUAACACAUGUUCAUCAGAUAUUGUACUGCAAUUUGUGGAAGGCGAUCAUGGCGAUGGUGUACCAUUUGACGAGAAAACAAUCGCGCACGCGUUUUUGCCGACUGACGGUAGAAUCCAUUUCGAUUCCCAAGACACAUGGACAGGAUUGUAUAAUUCCUCAUCAAAAACGGUGAUCAAUCUGUUUCUGAUCGCUAUGCAUGAAAUCGGUCAUGCGUUAGGUCUUGAACAUGUAAAAGAUAGACAGUCGAUCAUGUUCCCGACUUAUCAGCUGAAACAACGAUCUGAUGUACUAACAUUCGUUGACCAACAAUCGAUACAAGCUCUUUAUGGAAAAAAACCUGAAGCAGACAGUAAGCUUUUGUAGUCCUAUCUGGGUAGUUACAGAAAAAUCUCUUUGCGUAGUUAGGAGUGAUAUCCGACACGGGCAAGUGUUUGGAAAUCCACUGGGAGGUGUACAAUUUAAUACAGCCACCGAAUCUGUCGCUUUGAUUAACAGUCAUCGAUUAUACGAAAUUAACGUGGAAUGUCAGGAAGGUUUACUACGAUCGAUCCGGAUGUACUACUCGGAUCCGCCAA